CAUGACGAAGGGAGGUAUUAUUUUUUAAUCUACGGCUAAAUCUCCGCCCCUUUUGGACCAGAACAAAAAAAAAGUAUAAUAUAAAAAAUAAAAAAUAUUCCCCCCGUCCGCUUAUAAAGUUUACAUGUUUCUAUAUUGUGAUGUCCAAUUACAAAGUUUACAUUUCAUUAAAUACCCUACUUUUUUUCCACAAAUACCCUUAUUUUACAUCACAUCAUUACUUUUAUAAAAAAAAAUAAGGGCAAAAGUAAAUGUAACCCUUGUAAAUGGAAGGAGGGAGUAUUUUACAAGACUAAUAUUAGUAAAUAGUAAAAAUUGUACCAAAUCCGCCAAACAAAGCCUAAGCAAAAACAUCAAUAAUAAAAAUAUUUAUAAGACUUGAUAAAAAAGGCCGCGUAUUUUUUAUUUUCUUGUCGCUUGACGAUCGACUGCAAACCCUAGCGGCUCGCUGAUAUGGCCGCACUUUCCUCCCCGUCUCCGGCUGUUCUACGUCUCCGAUUACUGCAAAAUGCAAAUCCGGUGUCCAGAGAACUGAUUUGAGUCUGUAAGUUGUAUCGAUCGAUUCUACGUGCUUCUUCUUUCAAAAUGAUUUCUGUUCUGCGUAGAAAAAUUACCUGCUACUUUUUCGCGGAUUAUGCUUGGCCUCACUGUAUUACCCGCUCGUUUUGUCUCCGCCUUUUCUCUACUUCGAACGAAGGAGCAUUCGUUAGUUCUGCUGCAAUUUUUGAUUUGUUGCGGAAGAAGCACCGAUUUUCGGCCGAAGUGGCCACUAAAGCUGCCUCUGUUUUGAAUCGACGACUGAAAGACACCGAGAAAUGCAAUUCGAUGCUGUCGUAUUUACAACAGCGUGGCUUUUCAAAUACUCAAAUGGAGAAAAUGGUGAAGGUCUGGCCUGAAUUGCUCUUGGCUCGUUUUGACAAUUCCAUUGAACCCAAAAUUAAGGUUUUUCAGUAUAUGGGCUUUUCUUCAAAGGAUAUUACCGUAAUGAUCUCAGCUAAUCCUUCCAUUUUGAAGAUAAACUUGAAUAGCAGAAUCAUUCCUUUAUUAUCUUUGCUAAAAGGCUCAUUUGGAAACAAUGAAGCUGUUGCCAAGUUUAUGAGCAGAAUGGGGGGGUGUGUAAGUAGUGACUUGAAAAGGACUAUGCUUCCGAAUAUCGAAUUAUUGAAGUGCUAUGGUGUGCCUAUGGAACGCAUCAUUAAACUCAUGUAUACUUUUCCAAGGUGUAUGAUGUUGAACCUGAAAAUUUUUAAGAAGGCUGUGGAAAAGGCUGAGGAGAUGGGGGCUGAUCGAAAGUCCCAAAUGUUUAUUUACACAGUUCAAUCUGUAAGCCAAAUGUCUGGCAAGACUAUGGAGCUGAAACUGCAGGCUUUUCGGAAUUUUGGAUUUUCGGAGAGUGACAUUCUUGCAACAGUUCAGAAGGCACCAUCUCUGUUUUCUUCCUCAGUGGAUCGACUAAAAAGAACUAUAGAGUUUCUUCUUGCUACUGGAAAGUAUGAUAUGUCUUGCAUUGGGAAAUAUCCUACGGCUCUGUCGUACAGCCUUGAACAGAGGUAUAAGCCGCGAUGUAAGGUUUUACAGGUUUUGGAAAGUAGGAAUCUUAUUGAAAAAUGGCCUUCUCUCAGCAUGCUUUCCCUGAUGUCGGAUGAAAAGUUUUUCGAAAAAUUUGUUGGCCCUUAUUUAAGCGAACUCAACAAUGUGUAUCCUAUAGAGAGUUCUGUGGGCAGUGUCGAGGAAGAAACAAAAGUUAGUUUGAGCAAUUGAUUCAAGAAUUGGAGAUUGGUGUAGUCAAUAGUUUACAAGUUAUCGGGGGCUAUUGUGAUGACUGUUCUUGAAGUUCGGAGCAUUCUUUUCGUAGUUAGACACUGCUUUUAGCAUUCUUUCAUGGUUC